AUGACACCCAAGACGUCCAACCGACGUGCGGCGGAGACGGCGCCCCAGGCAAAGAAGCGACGCCGCAGAAGAAGGAGACGACAACGUUCUGCAGCCGCUGCGAACAACGGAAGGGCAGAGGCAACAGCGAGAGGAGGAGGCAACGCCGCGGGAACAACGGCGGCACCCGGAGGAGAGGCGGCGACGGCCACCGCACACGUGCGGCCGCCUUCCCCCGCCGCCAGUGGCAAAGGCGGUGGAGGGGGGCGGCGGCGCGACGCAGUGUGUGGGAAGACGGCGGCGUCAGCUGGUCCCGACGUCCACUCGGCCCUCCAGGAGGCGGAAACAAGAUUCCGCAUGGUUCUCCAUGCAGAGAUAGAGGCCGCCUGCUUCACUCUCCGUAAAUACCUCCGCCGCAAUACCAGCAAGGAGACGCAGGCGCUGCAGACGGAUGAGCAGCACAAAGACGAUGGGCCGGCAACAGAAGCAGCACACCCCAGUCGUGACCAGGCCAUACAAACGGCCUGGCCGAAGAAGAUGACCAUCAGUCGAGCCACACAGGUCUCGUCAGAAGGCAAGGGAGCACCGGCAGCACGUCAGGACUCAAGCGUCCAAACCAAGGAGUUCGUCAAUCACUGGGCCGCCCUUGUGGACAGCGAAAUCCUGGAUGUCACCAACCCAAACUUGGCCGACCGAGAUGAACACCAAAUGAGCUUCCUGCAAAGCAAGGAGCUCAUAAGAAGAAAGGCGGAAGCCCGAGACGAGCAGUUCAGAAGAAAGCAAGAGGAGCAAGAGGUGGAGCGUGACAGAAGACGCGAAGCCGCCCUUGCCCGCCGUGAACGCCAGCGCCAACGCUGGCAACACGGCAAAUAA